AUGUGUAUUAUAUAUAUUAUUAUAUAUUCAUAUGUGGCAUUGUAUGGUAGUAUAUCAUUUAAGCAGAUCACUGGUAAGAAAUCCCCAUGCGAUAACACCAUAGUAUGCUACACCCCUUUCCAGUCCUGUAAGGCCGAAGACUUUUCUUCCCUUUUCAAUGUGGCUUUGAGCAACUUUGAGAGUGUGGAUGUGUACUUAGUCUUCCCAGACACAUCUUGUAAACAAGAUGUCGCGCUCUUCAAAGAAGCAGCGUCAAUUUUUCAUCACAACGACCUCCGGACCUUCCCUCUAUGCCAGCGUGAUGAACUGACUCCAGCGGAGCUCGACUUCGAAGAUUGGUUUCAGAAUCACGAGUGGUGGGCCAAACACUGGCACGCCAAGGGCUAUGGAGGCAACAAUCAAACUGCGGCACUACGCAGGUUAAUGUUAGCCAACAAACACGUCACAGCUUGUGCCAAGGAGGUGAGCAGCAGAGCCACAGACUAUCGUUUCGUGUCGCGCCUGCGGCCGGAUGUCGAGUGGGUCAGCUUUGUUGACCGAAAGUCCUUGGAGAUGAGUGUGCCAGGUCGCGUGCUGGCUAAUUUUGUGGCUAUGCCAAUUCAAGGCGUGGUAGAGGAUACCUUUUCCAUUGGUGCUCCAGAGGAUAUGAAAAAGUACUUCAGCUUUUAUGAGAAGCAACUCCUUGACGUGACCAACCUGGAGCAAACAAACUCGCCUUGGUGUGUGGCACAUGCCACUCUGCGAGAUGCUACUCAUUGCAAGAAGAUCUUUCCGGAGAAUCUCCUGGAGGAGCACCUUCGUCGUCAGCAGCUGCAGCUCCAGAAGCGGCAAGACAUUUGCUUCGAACGCCUGGCUCCCUGCAUGCAGCAGCGGAAUCAUUACUGCACGCGCUACAAGCAGCACCCCAGGGGAUAUUCGCAGAGCCAUUCCAAGGCCUUCUUGGAAGGCGAUCGUGAUUUCUUCCUCACAGCUUCAGGGUCAUAUGCAGACUAUGACACUGUCCUUGCUGCACGUUUUGUUCAUUUCUUCUUGUCUGAAGCGAUUCGCCUUGGCCAUCCACCUCGAAUUAUCGACAUGGGUUGUGGAAGAGGAUCCUAUGUCGAGGUCUUCAAGUCCUGGGGAUUGCCAGUCAUGGGCAUCGAUGGCAACACAGUCAUCACACGCUCUGUUCGAGUGAAUUCCUUCCUCUGGGAUCUCACUGAACCUCUGGACCUGAAGACGGCUUUCGAAGGAAAAACCUGCCAUUUCUAUCUGAUUGACCAUCACAGCCAAGCAGAGAAGGAAUAUGUCAAGCAGGUGGUGUCCGUCCUUGGAAAGGGAGACUUGCACCUCUAUAUGUUUGCCAUGGUCCCACGGAUCGACGCGACUCAUUUCUGGGCCUCCAAGCAUCCUGAUGGCCACCCAGAGGAAGUCUUGAUGAAUCAAGCGGAAAUGGCCAACUAUCUGCGGAGCCUUUGCUGUGCUGAUGAGCGCUGCGCUGCCUUUGCCUUCACAGAAGGUGGAGGCGCCUUGCUCGCAUGGGCUCCGGCCAACUCCACUGCAGAGAAAGACUUCGAACCCCAAGGUGGAAACGUGUGGUACCAGGCCACUGGAGAACCUUUGGUGAAUACCAGCGACAUCUUCGACAUCGGAGGUCCUGGCGAUUUCGCUACCUUCAAGAUGCAGUAUGCUGAGAUGGAGGUGUCGUUCAGCAUCGCAGAUUGGGUGGUCUCUUUGGGUGUUGGGGCGGAGAUUCCCAGGAUGGGCGAGAAAGUGUUUGUUGCAAACCUGGUCCGGCAUGCAGAACAGGGUGUGAUCAUACGCUGGGGCAGCCAAGGGCAAAAUCCUCGAUCAGUAGAAGAGGUUUUGAAGAUCUUCCAGGACCAUGGCUUCGAGUUGGAUGAAGCUGCGACUUCGUCUUUGAAGUUUUUCUCUGGCCUGGUGCAUGCACCAGAGCGAGACGAUCUCCUGGUUCUGCGAAGACUUUCAGCCGAUCUUCAGGAGUCAACGCCCCAAAGUGACGCGGAUCUCCAACUUAUUGAUGAGUGGGGCGGCGACAGAUGCAGCUUUGCUGGCGAACUGCAACAUGGGCUCCAGGGAGCAAGAUCACAGUAUGGCCCGCUGGGGCCAGGUCGCAUGUGGGUGAGUGGCAACUGCGUGGGGCUCUUUCGUGCAGGAAAUUCUGGCGAACCUGUCCUUUGCAGCAGCCAGCACAAGAAGUUCCAAGAAUGCACGUUGCCCGGCUUGACCCACCAUCAGAUGGCCUUUGAUGCGGAGCCAGGACCAGAGAUGGAUAGCCUUGAGGCUUCUGCUCUUUAUGACCUUGCAGACCACAUGGUACCCAUGAAAGGCAUUUGGCUCGGGGAUGUUCGCCUAAACUUGGUGUUUUUCAAGAUUGCCCGCGCCAUUGCCGCGCCCUUCCGGUGGAAGCAGCUCCGAAGUGCAUGGAGUUGGUUCUGGAGCACCAGCUGGCCGAUCCUCUUUGCUCAGCCACCGGAGCCGCACAGGGUCUUCAUACCAUGGACGAAGACUGUGGAGCGUGGAAUUCCAGUGUGGCAAAUAGGUCGAGUGAUUUUAGCUCUGCAGCAGCUGUCAUGCCGGCUCCGACGGGAGGAGACAAGCGAAGGCAAAGUCUUCCCUUCCGAGAGGGUUCUCGAGAAACUUGAAGAGCUCGAGAGGGGCUACUCCAAUGAGGUGACAUCUCCUGAGAGGCUUGUUGAAAGCCUUGCUGAUGUUCAAAGAGAGGUCAACAUCUCAGUGCAAGGCUUCACGAUGCAAGAGGUGUUGCUUGAUCCGGUCUUCAGCGAUGAAAUUCUGCCGAGACUGUGGGCGGUUUUGUCUUCGGAAUCACCCGAUGGCACUGGCGGUUUGGGGCUAAUUGACAGACAGGCAGGCUGCAAAGAUCCAGUCUGGGAUGAGCCAGUGAACCUGGCAUCCUUGUGGGACAAGGAAACAGCGACUGGUUGGUACCUCUACCGCUUGGCAGCCCUAGAUCCAACCAUGUGACCUGCAGAAAAA